CACAGCGAGACACAGAGACAGAGAUAGACAGGGAGACACAGAGCUUGAGACAGGGAGACAGAGAGACACAGAGAGAUAGACACCGAGACAGAGACUCUCAAGAGACACGGAAAUCCUCCUGAGGGCGGCUCCCGCGCCGCCUCCACCCCUCAGCCCUCGCCUCAACCCCUCAGUUGCAGCCUCAUCCCAAACUCAGCCCAAGCCUCAGCCUCAUCCCAAACUCAGCAGCCUCAGCCCAAGCCUCAUCCCAAACUCAACAGCUUCAGCCUCAUCCCAAACUCAGCAGCUUCAGCCUCAGCCUCAUCCCAAACUCAGCAGCUUCAGCCCAAGUCUCAUCCCAAGCCUCAUCCCAAACUCAGCAGCUUCAGCCGCAGCCUCAUCCCAAACUCAGUAGCUUCAGCCCAAGCCUCAUCCCAAACUCAGUAGCUUCAGCCUCUGACUCAUCCCAAACUCAGCAGCUUCAGCCCAAGCCGAGAUUUCAACAUCGCCCGCCGCCUCCAAUUCGUCUCGAGCGGAGCCCCACGCUGGAGGCCGGGCCCCGGCUCCCAACUCCGGCCUCGCCUCCCUCCCACCGCGGCGAUGUCGUCGCUGGCCCCCGGGUUCGCCCCGGGUGGUGGAGGUGGGGCCGACUGUUGGAUCGUGACUCUGGAGGAGCGGGAAAAGCACCACCAUCUCUUCUACAGCCUCUCCCCAGCCGGCGGCUUCAUCACAGGGGAGCAGGCACGAGGCUUCUUUCUGCAGUCUGGACUGCCACAGCUGGUACUGGCGCAAGUUUGGGCCCUCGCCGACGAUGAUCGCGACGGCCGCGUCGACCUCGUUGGCUUCUCCGUGGCGAUGAAGCUCAUCAAGAUGGCCCUGCUGGGCCACCCACUGCCCCUCGCUGUGCCGCCCAUCACGCUACACUCGCUCACCGGGCACGCCCACGGGAGGACGACAGCUGCCACCCCUUCUCAUCUCUCCCCCGGUGUGGCGCCGCCGUUCAUGCUGCCCGGCCCAGCGCACUCCGUGCCACCCUGCGUCUCUGUGGGGGAGGGGCCGACUCACGCUCCCGCUUUCCCAGUGUCUGAUUCGUUCCUGGAGCGGCGCAGGGAGAACAUGGAGCGAGGCGAGGCGGAGCUGCAGCGGAGGAGGGAGGCGCUUCGCGAAGCGCAGCGCAAGGAGGAGCAGGAGGAGAUCGCACGGCAGACGGCCGCACGCAGGCAGCAGCUGGAGGGCCAGCGGGAGGGCUCGCGGGCCGAGGUGCAGGCGCUGCGGCAGCGCCGUGACGUCCUCGCCGCCCGGCUGCUUGCGCUCGCUCAGGCCCGCCAGGAGGCGCAGGCCGGCGCGGCGGACGCGAGGCAGAGCGCGGCGGAGUGCCGCGCGCGGUUGGACGCGCUCAACGAGCGAGCGGGCCAGCUCCACGCCGAGUCGCGCCGUCUCGAGGCCCAGGUGGGCGCCGCGCAGAGCUCCCUGGAGGCGCUGAGGGCCCAACGCGCUCAGCUGGAGGGGCGCCUGCAACGCGGAGCCCGCGGCGGCGGAGGCCUGGACUCGCUGUCAGCCGAGGUCCAUUGCAGGAGGGCGGCCGUGCAGAGCCUGCGCGAAAAGGUGGAAGCCAUCGAGCUUCAAAUCCAGCAGACGCAAGUGCAGCGGCAGGACCCGCCGUCGGCAGCCAGCGCCACGACCGCCAGCGCCGGCUUCCACGCCGGCUCCUCUGGCCACGCGAGCUCCGCCCCGGCGUUCCAGCCCCCCGUCGCCAUCGUCCCUCCCUCCCUUGCGCCGACGCCGAGCAACGCGAGCGGCGCUCUCUCAUCCUCCUCCUCCUCCUCCUUCUCCGAGCAGCAGUGGCAGAAGCAGCAGCAGCAGCAGCAGCAGGAGCAAGGCGGGCCGUGCGUGGCUGCGUGCGACGCGGAGGAGUGGGGGGGCGGCGGUGGGGGAGGCGGCGCCUCCCAGCCCGACGUGGGCUGGGCGCGGUUCCCGGAGUUCGGAGACCCCCGCCCGGCCCAGCCCAGAGCCGGGGUCGCCAGGAGCAGAGGCUCCCAGUCGGAGCGGCGCACUGGGCCGCACGGGGGCGCCGGCUCCAACAGCUUUCUGGAGCGCAACAUCUCGAGUUUCCCCGCGGUGGACGGGUCCCACGGGAACGAUGGGAAACCCAGCGCAGCCUCGGCCUUUACUCCGCAGGCCCCCUCGGCCUCCGCCUACUGCCCGCUGGGCUCGUGCGUUCGCGCCGUGGCGCUCUGCCGUUUCCAGGCGGUGCAACCCAACCACCUGGCGUUCUGCACGGGCGACGUCAUCUCGGUGCGCGAGCGCCAGGACCUGUGGUGGCUCGGCGAGGUCGGAGGUCGCUCGGGAUGGUUCCCCAAGUCGUACGUGCGCGUGACGGACGGGGACGCGGCCGCCGUGCCGCCGCCGCUCCCGCCGCCGAUGCCACUCCUCGCCAACGGAGCCCGGAGCCAGAGGGGAACGUGCGCGGCGAGCGAGGAGGAGGCCCGGCGGGAGGGCAGAGAGGCUGCAGUGCCGUCAGAUUCGUGGAACCACUCCAAGUCGCGGCCGUACACGAGCAUCUUGAGGAGAGUCUCCAAGCCAAAGGCCCCUGCUCCUCCAGUCCACAGACAUGAGAAGUGCGCCGCGCUGUUUGACUACACGAGCAAAGAGGCCGGCGAUUUGUCCUUCCUCAAGGGCGACAUCAUCACGCUGGUCAGUAAGAACGACAGGGAUUGGUGGACGGGGACGCUCAACGGCAAGACGGGCCUCUUCCCGAGCAAUCACGUGGAGGUGCUGACCAAGGCCGGCGAACCGUCCGCACCGUCGUCCGCGCCGGCGUCCGCGCCGUCGUCCGCGCCGUCGUCCGCGCCGGCGUGCCCCGGCGGCAGCGCCAAUCGCGGCGCGGACACUAAGGCGUCGCGGCCCGGGGCCCCGUCGGCCCACAGCGUCGUCGCCCUCUACGACUACUGCGCGCAGAACUCGGACGAGCUCUCGUUCGUGCGCGGCCAGAGCAUCGGCGUGACGCGGCAGGCCCACCCCGACUGGUGGGAGGGCGAGGCCGGCGGCCUGCGCGGCCUCUUCCCCUCCAACUACGUCAGGGAGGUCCUCCCGCCGGAGUCGUCGCUCUGAGUCGGGAUCGUCGCAGCCGCGCGCGGAGCGACGUUUUCGCACGCCGGAGCCCGCGAUCCGAGAGGUCGCAGGGUUCCAUUUCAUCUGUCCGUCGGGCGGUUUUGAAGGAAUGGCGUGAGUUUCCUUAACCGGGGUGCUUCCCGCUCCCAAUCUACCGCCCGUCCCCCGCCUCUGCCGAGCCGGUAGUACGAGUACCCCACGGUAAAAUUGGAUCGGCAGGUUCCAGUGUGGGGCCAGAUAAGAUGUGGGCAAGCCCGCCUCCUCCGACACACCUUGGUCAGUGUGGGAGUCGACCAAAUUGUACCCACGCGAGAGUUGCCUCCCGCACAACUGCCCUCCCCAUCGGCCAUCGACACGCGCAGUCGCGGGGCAGCGCCCUUCUUACGCUUUCCUUCAUCGCCUCGUGGGGACUCGCCGCUUAGCGCGCGAACGUGCGACCGACCCGUGUGUAUCUCUUGUCUGCAGCUCUCUCAUUUAUCUCUCUGCGGCCGAGUGGGCCAAAGCUCAGCGGGCCUCUCUCAAGGGCCGUCGUGCGCCACGCGUUGGUUCAAGGAGCCGGCUUUCAGUCAUUCCGGCGUCUGCAACUCCCCGGGCUCUCCCACGAGUCCCAGGGGGGUUGCACCGUGCUCCCCCGCCCCACCCUGCACGGGGGCAGGGUGACGGAAGUCGCCUACGUGACCGCCGCAGGAGGCGUGGGUUUAAACGAAACCUACAGCCCUGCGUCGCUCCACUGCUGGAACAGGGUUACCCCGGCUCCGUGCAGGUUGUGGGGGUUAUUUUGUCAUCUUGGUUUGGCGCCGGUGGGGGAAGCGUGGAUAUGGGAGCGUAGAAAUACGGGACGAGAAAGGCUUUUUCCGCACUGCCCUGUUUGCCCAUCACGUGGCUUAGCCGAUAGCGGCUACGGUGCACGGUGGGCGCCUGUACGUGACUGUCUCAGGCUUUGAGGUCCGUUAAGGUCGGGUGCAUUCCAGGUUGACCGGGUCACGUGGGCUGGGGUUGAGUCCAGCGAAAGGGGGACAAACGUGUACGUUGCAAUGACUUUAGUCUGCGUGCGUCGGGCAGUCUGUGUUGUGACAGAAGGAACCGGGUACCUCCGAUGGAUGGUCAGUGGUGAGCUCUGUAACGACCUGUGAUUAUGUUCACCUCGCUGUCCUUCUGAGGGUUAUAUGUGUGUGUGUUAUUUUGUUAAACUCUUUGCAUUCCUCGAGUUGGGAAAUGCUGUUGAAAUCAAAACAGAAAUGUUGGGUAAGGGGUGGGGGAAUGUGGGGCGUUGAUGGGGGGGGGGGGGGGGCAGGCAGCUUAAAGUCCGCGCGGUGUGACCGGCAUUCACGUGUGGCAGUCAAUAACAAAAGAGACACAGUAAAGCCGAUUCAAAAUAUUUGCAGCGCGAAGAAAUACACGCACUAAUGUAAAAACAAAAGUUGUUGAACGUUAAAUAUUAAUAUAAUAAACAUUUCGAUCAAAAGCUU